CCAGGGUCCGGGAGCCGGGCCGGUGCCCCCGGAGCCAUUUCCGGGAGGGGCGAGGCCGGCGGCUGCCGGGCCUCCAAUCUCGGCGGCGGCGGCAAUACGGGAUCCUGGUUCUCGCGGCCUGCGAGUUUGUCGCGCGCUGAGGGAGACGCGGGAGGUGGAGCCGGCCGGGUGCUCGAGAGAAGGAGACGGGAAGCUGGUUCCGGCGUGAGGAGGUGGAGGGGCCGCCGCGGGCUCCGGGGGGCGAGUCUGAAAAAGGGGAUCGCGGAGAGGAGGCUGGAAGAGGAAGAUGCCUAGUACAGACCUUCUGAUGUUGAAGGCCUUUGAGCCCUACUUAGAGAUUUUGGAGGUAUACUCCACAAAAGCCAAGAAUUAUGUAAAUGGGCAUUGCACCAACUAUGAGCCCUGGCAGCUAAUUGCAUGGAGUGUCGUGUGGACCCUGCUGAUAGUCUGGGGAUAUGAGUUUGUCUUCCAGCCAGAGAGUUUAUGGUCAAGGUUUAAAAAGAAAUGUUUUAAGCUUACCAGGAAGAUGCCCAUUAUUGGUCGUAAGAUUCAAGACAAGUUGAACAAGACCAAGGAUGAUAUUAGCAAGAACAUGUCAUUCCUGAAAGUGGACAAAGAGUAUGUGAAAGCUUUGCCCUCCCAGGGUCUGAGCUCAUCUGCUGUUUUGGAGAAACUUAAGGAGUACAGCUCUAUGGAUGCCUUCUGGCAAGAGGGGAGAGCCUCUGGAACAGUGUACAGUGGGGAGGAGAAGCUCACUGAGCUCCUUGUGAAGGCUUAUGGAGAUUUUGCAUGGAGUAACCCCCUGCAUCCAGAUAUCUUCCCAGGACUACGCAAGAUAGAGGCAGAAAUUGUGAGGAUAGCUUGUUCCCUGUUCAAUGGGGGACCAGAUUCGUGUGGAUGUGUGACUUCUGGGGGAACAGAAAGCAUACUGAUGGCCUGCAAAGCAUAUCGGGACCUGGCCUUCGAGAAGGGGAUCAAAACUCCAGAAAUUGUGGCUCCCCAAAGUGCCCAUGCUGCAUUUAACAAAGCAGCCAGUUACUUUGGGAUGAAGAUUGUGCGGGUCCCAUUGACAAAGAUGAUGGAGGUGGAUGUGCGGGCAAUGAGAAGAGCCAUCUCCAGGAACACUGCCAUGCUCGUCUGUUCUACCCCACAGUUUCCUCAUGGUGUGAUAGAUCCUGUCCCUGAAGUGGCCAAGCUGGCUGUCAAAUACAAAAUACCCCUUCAUGUUGACGCUUGUCUGGGAGGCUUCCUCAUCGUCUUUAUGGAGAAAGCAGGAUACCCACUGGAGCAUCCAUUUGAUUUCCGUGUGAAAGGUGUAACCAGCAUUUCAGCUGACACCCAUAAGUAUGGCUACGCCCCGAAAGGCUCAUCAUUGGUGUUGUAUAGUGACAAGAAGUACAGGAACUAUCAGUUCUUCGUUGAUACAGAUUGGCAGGGUGGCAUCUAUGCUUCCCCAACCAUCGCAGGCUCACGGCCUGGUGGCAUUAGUGCAGCCUGUUGGGCUGCCCUGAUGCACUUCGGUGAGAACGGCUAUGUUGAAGCUACCAAACAGAUCAUCAAAACUGCACGCUUCCUCAAGUCAGAACUGGAAAAUAUCAAAGGCAUCUUUGUUUUUGGGAAUCCCCAAUUGUCAGUCAUUGCUCUGGGAUCCCGUGAUUUUGACAUCUACCGACUGUCAAACCUGAUGACUGCGAAGGGGUGGAACUUGAACCAGUUGCAGUUCCCACCCAGUAUUCAUUUCUGCAUUACAUUACUACACGCCCGGAAACGAGUAGCUAUACAAUUCCUAAAGGACAUUCGAGAAUCUGUCACUCAAAUCAUGAAGAAUCCUAAAGCGAAGACCACAGGAAUGGGUGCCAUUUAUGGCAUGGCCCAGACAACUGUUGACAGGAAUAUGGUUGCAGAAUUGUCCUCGGUCUUUUUGGACAGCUUGUACAGCACGGACACUGUCACCCAGGGCAGCCAGAUGAAUGGUUCUCCAAAACCCCACUGAGCUUGGACCCUUUCUAGUCUCAAGGAGCUUCCAGCCUUCAGAAGGUUCUUGGGUAUGAAACAGGCCGUGCACAACUUUGACAUCUGGUCUCCGCUCCAUAGAGCACAACUCAAGAUACACCAUGAGACAGCUUGAGCCUCAGGAUUCUUGUUCUUCCUCUUGUCUUCCUUUUAUGGUUUUUAAUUUGAAGACCCCAGAGAAUUCCAUUACAUAAUGAUUUUGCCCUUGUUAGAAAUGUUACCCUAGGAAUUGUUUUAACUAUUUCCUUUUCUAAACUCUACCUUUCUACUUCACUUAAACACUAUGUGGUAGCUCUGACCUGUCCUGAUUCUUUAGAGAAGCUGGGGUACAGUUUAUGAGAUAGAUAGAGUUUCUUUGUUAUCUCAGGCAGGAGGCAUUUACGUAACAGAUGUUUCCCCAGCUGGGUGUGAGGUGUACUUUAAGCAGGAGGCUUUAUCAGCUCUUUUUUUUUUUUUUUUUUUUUUGAGAUAAGAGUUUUGCUCUUUUGCCCAGGCUGGAGUGCAGUGGCACGAUCUCAGCUCACUGCAGCCUUCACCCACUGGGUUCAAGUGAUUCUUCUGCCUCAGCCUCCCAAGUAGCUGGGAUUACAGGUGACCGCCACCAUGCCCGGCUAAUUUUUCUAUUUUUUUUUUUAGUAGAGACAGGAUUUCGCCACAUUGGCCAGGCUGGUCUUGAACUCCUGACCUCAGGUGAUCUCCCCGCCUCAGCCUCGCAAAGUGCUGGGAUUACAGGUGUGAGCCACCGUGCCUGGCCCUCUUUCUUAAGAGUAGGUUCGUUGUCUCUCUUAGAAUCACUUCUAUUGCAACUCAUUUCUUUUUCCAGGACACAGAUCGACCAAGCUGCUGUUCGCUAUUCUGCAGGACAGGAUUAUUCUAACAUACCUGCUUCAUCCACUCAGGCAGGGUUUGGGGUGGUCUCUUCUGUGCCUGCAGUCCCCAUUUGACACUUGGUUGCCACCAUCUUUGGAGAUUAUUAUUUGGAAUGAUGCUCCCAUUGGCUUGUUCUUGUUACCAUGGACUAGGAAGAAAACAUGGUUUCCAAAUAAUAGAGGAGCUUUUGGCCAUGGUGCUACCUUCCUGAACUGGCAGUGGUCAGAACACAUCUGAACCCUGUCCUGGGCUGGUGAUGAGCAAACACCAGGCCUUUUUCUAUGCUUUUCUGAAUAUCAGAGUAGGAUGAACACCCAGAUUCAAAUAUGUCACCAAAGUUGGUGGUGAUCCUUCCCUGCACCCUUAAGCCAUUAUGUAAUGAAAAUAUGUUUGCUUGAAGGAACAGCUCAAAGCACCUUCACAAGUUGCCUUGACUUACCCUAGGUGGGUGUGAAAGAGCACCCAUAGCAAGGAAGAUUUUUUCUGGUAGUGUGUUCUUCUGCCUCUUCCCCCUUGAUUCAGCUUUCAGAGGUACUAUGGCAGUUUUGCCUCAGUUGCUGGACAGUUCUCAGCCUUGGCUAAAAGGGAGCAGUACAGGAGAGAAACAGGAUAGGAAAGCAGAAUGGUGAGCAGCCUAUGGCCCAGGGCCUGUAAUCCCUUCCCAAGACUCGCUGCUCAGGGCGGUGCAGGGACAGGACCAGACCCUGCGCCCACUUCCUGCCCUCUUUCCCCUGUAGGGAACUCUCCUCUAGGCUGAGCCACUGUCUUGCUCUAAUGACAUCGUAUCAUGUGCCUUUCUCCACAGCAGUGAGCAGUGAGCUACUCCUGGCCCAGGCCCUAGGGAAAAUGGAUCAGUCUUUGAGGUUUCUAUUUGGGGAGGGCAGUACUUAAGACGAGUCAGGAGACACUUUCCUCUGUUCCCUUCCCCAUCUCAGGGACUCCUGAAUAUUCAGCCUCUCCAAGCUGGUAUCUUCUAGUUUCCUCCCCUGGGAAUGCUGGCUGGGAGAGCCAUAACUACCAGACUUUUCCUCAGGCUCCUUGGCAUGUUAGUCUGAAGCGUUCUUGAGCACUGUACUACUAACCCAACAACUGUGACUAGCUGGUCUUGCCAUUCAGGGCUGGUGUGGCAUUCGUGUGUGUGUGUGUGUGUGUGUGUGUGUGUGUGUGUGUGUGUUUCCUGUUUGCCCCGCAGUGCGUUGUGGAAUGCAAGAGUGGGUAGUGUGUGUGUGUAUGUGUGUGUCUGUGUGUGUGUGUGUGUCAAAGGGAGACCUGGCAGGCACCUCUUUGAGAGUAGCUGUGGUCAGAGCUGUGUGGUCAGUGCAUUAUGUUGGGUGAGGUCCAGGAACCCAGAGCCACCCAGCAGACACCACUGUGGCUUGCCAGCUGCCAAGAUGGAGAAGCAUGUGCCCCUAUAGAGUGUCUCCCCAGGACCAGACCCUGAGCCACUCACUUCCUCUGUGCUGUGACAACAUUGGUGCCAGGGGAGAUGGUGUUUUUCAAAGGGACCUACUGUAGCCACUUUAAUUUACAAUUAAGAGCCUUAGUUUGACUUAAGACUUUUGUAGGCUUUUCAUUUUGUAUUUUUGUGUAUGUGUGCAUAUAGCAGCUACUCUGUAGCAGAGGUGGGUAGAGAGUCUUAAUAGUAUCAUGUCGUAUGCAGAUGUCACGUCGGCCUCUGCAAAAUCUGUACUGUCUUGUUUCUGCAUCAGACUUAAGUAGUCAUGUGAAUACACUGCUGAGUCACUUUUAAUAUUACGAGUUUUAUACUUGGAAAAUGGUACUUGCUUCUUUUAAAUCUCUGUCUUCUCUAACCUCCCCCUUACCAUUUCAAUGCUCCUUUCCUAAUUUCAGCAAUAAUUUCAAAAAGCAAUUAAAUAGUUAAAUGACCCUAAUUGUAAUUACUGUGGAUGGUUGCAUUCAUUUGAUUACUUGGGCGCACACGAGAUCACAAAUGGGGCAGUGGCCAUGCUUGAAUGGGCUCCUGGUGAGAGAUUGCCCCCUGGUGGUGAAAUGGUCGUGUGUGCCCACUGAUACCACGACCAAUGAAAGAGACACAGUUAAGCAGCAGUCCGUCUCAUUUCCAGGCAUUUUAAUAGGUUGCUGAUUGGUCCCUGUACUGGGAGUGGUAGUCGUACCUAUUUCAGAGAGGUCUGAAAUUCACACUCUUAGUUUGCCAGGGACAGGCCCUAUCUUACAUUUUUUUCCAUCUUCAUCAUCCACUUAUGCUUACAGUUUGCUGCUUAUAGUAACUUAAUGAUGGAUUGAGCUGUCUGGGUGGUCUCUAGCCAUCUGGGCAAUGUGGUUCUGUCUAACCAAAGGGCACUGGCCUCAAGCCCUGCAUUUGGUUUAGGGGCUGACAGAGCUCUUCAGAUAAUCUUCACACACACGUAACUGCUGGACAUCUUAUUCUAUUAUGAAUAAGAAAUGAGAAGUUUUUCAAAGGGUUAGUCAGGAUCUGAAGGCUGUCAUUCAGAUAACCCAGCUUUUCCUUUUGACUUUUAGCCCAUUCAGACUUUGCCAGAAUUAAGCCAAGGACUGCUUUUUUGCUACCGUUUUCUGCCAGAUGGCCUAGUUCCUAAGUACCUGGAAACCAGAGAGAAAGAGGAUCCAGGAUAUGCUUGGAUGAGGAGGCCUGGCUCAUCUAGGAAGUCAUGUCUGGGGUGCUUAUUGCUGCUCCAUAUAGCUGUACGUAAGCCCCUUGGCCUUCUCUGUAGGUUCUUGGCAGCAAUGAGCAGCUUUCAGCCAGUGACACAAGUAAUUACUGAGUCCUAAUUUGAUAGCCACCAACUAUACCUCGGUAGGCAAAGUCAGAUUUUUGAGAACCUUUUCUUGAUUUGAAGUUUUAAUUGCCUUAUUUUAUUUUAUGCUUUCCUCUGUCUUGUAAUCUCUUCUCUUCUUAAUAUCCUUCCCUAUAAUUUCAAUUAUUUGGAUUAAUUUUAGAAUAAACCUAUUUAUUUCU